AUGGUAUUGUCGCUUCGGCUGUCUAGCAAGCCUCAAAAGGAACCGUCUUUGUUUUUUGCAAGGAGUUUUCCUUUUAGUUUCUCUGUGAGCGAUGCUUUGAAGGCUAUGAAGAACAUGAGCAUCUCGGUGGAUAAUGGAUCUACUGUGACGAUAAUCAAAUGCGGCAUUCCUGAUAAUGGGGAAUACUUUCUGGACAAGUUUUUAACCGCCAAAUUACUUCAUUGCCCUGGAUCUCGUACAAGAGAGACUAUUAAAGCAUCGGUUCUGUUACAACCGACUGCAAAGGGAUUCCACUUUGUUGAGCGCUAUUGCCGCAGAAACGGUAUUUCUAAUGACAAUGUGUCAGAGAUGCUGCUCUCAGAAUAUAACUCGAUGCAAUGUAUCUGUCUUGAUCGUCACCAUCUCACGGGAGAAAUUAUGAGAUCAGAAGGUAUCGUCAAAUUGUUGUUUCAGAGGUUCAUGGGCCCGUCACCUAAUACUUACGAUGCCUCAAACCCACCUGACGAAAUUGCCAUUAAUAAUUUGUCUCGCAUAUAUGGCCAAAAGGUGGAGCUGUCUCUUCAUUCACCUAUAUCUUUAAUUUUUGAAACUGGAAACAUGGAUCAAAGAGUAUCACCUUAUGCUCAUAGAUAUUUCACACACCCAGAUUCCGACUCGCUGAUGCAGUACUAUGUGUCUUCCAAAGGAGUGCGUCUCCAUCAAACUAGAGAGUUCUAUGACAAACGAAAGUCUAGAGUAUCUGUUGAUUUCUGUGUCAGUGGUAAAGCAGCUGUACAGUGGUUGAGUGAUUGCACUGAUACUAUCAAGCCAUCUGAAUCUUUUGCGUUAGCAAGUCUGUUUCUAAAAUACAAGCUGUUGGAACCAAUAACACUUGAACCGUCGAUUUCAGGAUCCUCAGAUAAUAUCGUUGUUUCUAGGCAGGCGUAUUACCAACUAUCUGAUAGAGGUCGUAGAAUGGUGUUUUGGGACAGAGAUCAUUUUUUCCGACACAAAAGUCAAGUUGAGCAGACUGAGGAAUAUGAAGAGGAUGAAUUUUAUACCCCAGGAUCUUCGUUUGUAAUGGACGAAGACGACGAGUCUGACGAGGUAUCAAACUCUAAACACAGCAGUCCCGGUCGUAACAAUAAUACUAACACAUCAGCCAUCACACUGCAAAUGAUCCUCAGUGAUCCAGCCAUGUGCCACCUGUUUCGAGAAUACCUCGAAGAAAAUCUCUGCCAAGAAAACCUCCUUUUCUACAAAGACAUGGAGAAGAUCAGCGACAUGUACAAGCAUCUCAAACUCCUCAAAAAGCUUCCCAACGAUAAAGAGCCAAUUGAAAGUUAUAGCACAACCAUCCUGUCAGCCAUAUAUGGGGUCCUGGGACGAUACUUCUCGCCGCGAGCGCCCUACGGCCUCAACAUCGACGCACAAAUUAAACGCAUGAUUAUCGAAGAAAUGACCACAAACCAAUCCCUAACCAACGACAACAAGAAUAACAACAACAAGCACGAGACAUCAGCACUUGUCGACCGCAUGGAACCACUCCUCGAAAAAGCCCGCGAGCUCGCCGUGAAAAUGAUGUCCCAAGACUCGCUCCAGAAGUUCCUGCGAUCCUCCUACUACCUCAGCGCCGUUCGCAGCUGCUAA